UUAACCAACGCGCUUUUGUUUGGUUUUUGUCCUAACGGGCUACCGUACAACCUGCUCUGUUGAUGGAGUGUUAGCUAACGAGUGUGUAGCGUGGAAGAGGUGCACUAAAUCCACAUGAAAUAGCUAGAAUAGAAACAUUUAAACUAUUAACAAGCAUGUCAGACAAAGGAGAGGUGGAUUUAACCGGGGCAAAGCAGAACACGGGUGUAUGGCUGGUCAAAGUCCCAAAGUAUUUGUCACAGCAAUGGGCCAAAGCAACAGGGAGAGGAGAAGUUGGAAAGCUCCGAAUAUGCAAGAAUCAAGGCAAAGCAGAGGUGUCUUUCACACUCAAUGAGGAGCUGACCACCGUGGACACCAUUGGGGAGAAAUCCUCUAUGGUACGGGCCCCCAGAGAGCAUCCAUUCACUCUGCAGACGGUCGGUGGACAGACUCUGACUGUUUUUACUGAAAACUCUUCAGUGAGGAUUUCUUUAGUUGUUGUGAAGAGAGCUGAAUGCAGACCAGCCGUCAGUGAAAACUACAUGAAGCUAAAGAAACUGCAGAUCGAGGAGUUAUCUAAACCCAUGAGGUUCUCUCAACAGCUUGACAAAGCAGUUACCACCAACUACAAACCGGUGGCUAAUCACGCCUAUAAUCUGUACUAUGAAAAGAAGAAGAAAGAAGAAGGGAAGAGGGCACGAGCAGAUAAGCAGCAGGUGCUGGACAUGUUGUUCUCUGCUUUUGAGAAGCAUCAGUAUUAUAACAUUAAGGAUCUGGUGGACAUCACAAAACAGCCUGUGAUUUAUUUGAAGGAGAUUCUUCGAGACAUUGGAAUAUACAAUGUCAAAGGCACCCACAAGAACACCUGGGAACUCAAACCAGAGUACCGACACUACCAGAACGAAGAAAAGAGCGACUGAUCAUUUUCAAAGCUUGUUACCAUUGAGUGGCUAUGAAAACCGGAAAAGCCAACUUCCCCAAUAAGUUCAAAAUGUUGUUUCUGAAUAAUUUCUUCAAGGAUGAUUUAGUUGUUUUUAGAGGUGCAUCAGAAAACUAUGUGGCAUUUUAUAAUGCUAAGCAGUUUUUUUUAUGCUCGUUAUAUUGAGUGAUUCCCAUGAAAAAAAAAAAAAAAAAACUAGUAAGAGUUGUUCAAAUCUUCCGUCAUCUGAAAAUGAAAAGAACUUAUCUUCUCAUCUUAAUGUUGUGUAUAAAGGGAUGAUGUUGGAUCUUUUCUUAUUUAAAGAAACAUUGAUAGAAUAAUGGUAAACAGUUGUUUUAUUCAGAUUUAGUUUUCUGAUUGAAACACUUAUUUUAGAUGGUAUUUUGUGUUCUUAAAUGCUCUUGAAAUAA